CCCGUCCCGUGUGCGUUUUAUGUUUGUGUCCCAUCAUCACCAUCCACAUCAUUGUUAAUUUUGGGUUCUUUAACGGAGAGUCGUGGUCUAUGAUGCGCGAUCGGCUUGCCUCGCUGAUUGUGGUGAAGCAAGAGGGCGGCAGCAACACGAGCAUUAGCCACCACCAGGCAGCGGCCAUCAAGUGCGAGGCCGCACUGUACACUCACUGCGAGAGCGGUUUGUUCCAGGAGAUCAACAACAACUCCUGCUACAGACAGAACCUCAAUGCCCCGACACACCAGCAGCAGGCACACACAUCACACCUGCAACACGCACAGCAGCACCAAACACACCAGCAACAUCCCCUCUUGCCGCCGCCUCUGCCGACUUUGCCUUUGAUUUACCCCUGCCGCAACCUCUUCCCCGACGGUUGCGAUAUCAAUCACCUGGCCUGCUGCAGUUCCUCCAACUCCAACUCCAACUGCAACUCAGACUCGAACUCCACCUCCAGCUCACCCGGCAACAGCCACUUUUUUGCCAAUGGAAACACAUGUGCAGCGGCACUAACACCAGCACCGCCAGCCACUGAGCCGAGGAAAAUAAAACCACUCGGCGCGGGCAAAUUGAAAGUCGGGAAAACUGACAGCAACAGCGACAGCAACAGCAACUGCGACAGCCGAGCAGCAGCAGCUACCAGCACAGCUGCCACAUCCGCGACAGCAACGACACUUGCCGCAACAGCAGCAGCAGCAGCAGCAGAAGCGGGAGGAGCAGCAUCAGCAGCAGCAGCCAAAAUCAGCCAAGUGAGGCUUACUAACCAAGCCACAACAAGCAUGUUACUUCUGCAGCCCAAUAGCUCCUUUAGUUCAUUGUCGCCCUUCGAUAACUUCUCCACGCAAACCGCCUCGACGACCACCACGACGUCGGCAUCGGCAGCUGGACACCACCAACACCAUAACCACCUCCUCCAUCAGCAGCAUCACAACCAGCAGCAGCAGCAGCAGCAGCAACAGCAGCAGCAGCAGGAACAUCUGCAACAGCAACACCAGCAACACCUUGUGAAUCCCCAGCAACACCUGCUUAAGUCGGAGACGCUGCUCUCCCAUGAGGAGGAUCAGUUGAUCAGCAACCUGACAGACUCGUCUGUCGUGUCGCACAGCGAACUCUUCUCGGAUCUCUUCUUCCCCUCGGACUCCAACAACUCCCUGCUCUCGCCCACCACCAGCGGCUAUCCGGACAAUCCCGCCGAGGAUCUGACCAGCUCCAUUGAGAACCUCACCAAGUUGACGUGCCUGCGGGACAAGCGACUGUCCUCGAUCCCCGAGCAGCAGCUCAGUUCCGAGCAGGAGCAGCAGCUCUGCCUGCUCAGCCUGCGUUCCAGCAGCGAUCCGGCUAUUGCACUGCAUGCACAGCAGCAACAGCAGCAACAGCAGCAGCAGCAACAACAGCAGCAGCACCACCAGCAGCAGCAACACCUUCAACUCCAGCUGAUCUCGCCCAUCGGAGGGCCCCUGUCCUGUGGCAGCAGCUUGCCCAGCUUCCAGGAGACCUACUCCUUGAAGUACAACAGCAGCAGCGGGAGCAGCCCCCAGCAGGCGUCCUCCUCCUCCACCGCCGCCCCCACGCCCACUGACCAGGUGCUGACCCUCAAGAUGGACGAGGACUGCUUCCCGCCGCUGUCCGGCGGCUGGAGUGCCAGUCCACCCGCCCCCUCCCAGCUCCAGCAGUUGCACACUCUGCAGUCCCAGGCCCAGAUGUCUCACCCCGGCAGCAGCAGCAACAACAGCAGCAACAACGCGGGCAACAGCCACAACAACAGUGGGGGCUACAACUACCACGGCCACUUCAAUGCCAUCAAUGCCAGCGCCAAUCUGUCGCCCAGCUCCUCGGCCAGUUCCCUCUACGAAUAUAAUGGUGUCUCCGCAGCGGACAACUUCUACGGACAGCAGCAGCAGCAACAGCAGAGCUACCAGCAACAUAACUACAACUCGCACAAUGGCGAGCGUUACUCGCUGCCCACGUUCCCCACGAUUUCGGAGCUGGCUGCGGCAACUGCGGCUGUGGAAGCUGCUGCGGCGGCCACCAUCUCCUCCCCUUCGGUGGGCGGUCCGCCGCCAGUACGCCGAGCGUCGCUGCCGGUUCAGCGAACCGUUUCGCCAGCCGGCUCCACGGCGCAGAGCCCCAAGCUGGCCAAGAUCACGCUGGGCCAGCGGCACUCCCAUGCCCAUGCCCAUGCCCUGCAGCUUAACUCGGCGCCCAACUCGGCUGCCAGUUCGCCGGCGAGUGCGGAUCUCCAGGCGGGCCGCCUGCUCCAGGCUCCGUCGCAGCUGUGUGCCGUUUGUGGCGACACCGCCGCCUGUCAGCAUUAUGGAGUGCGAACCUGCGAGGGAUGCAAGGGAUUCUUCAAGCGGACCGUGCAGAAGGGCUCCAAGUACGUCUGCCUGGCGGACAAGAAUUGCCCGGUGGACAAGAGACGCCGCAACCGUUGCCAGUUCUGUCGGUUCCAGAAGUGCCUGGUCGUAGGCAUGGUCAAGGAAGUGGUGCGCACGGACUCGUUGAAGGGUCGCCGGGGAAGACUGCCCUCUAAACCGAAAUCGCCCCAGGAGUCGCCGCCAUCGCCACCCAUCUCGUUGAUCACGGCACUGGUGCGCAGCCAUGUGGACACGACUCCGGAUCCCUCGUGCCUGGACUACAGCCACUACGAGGAGCAGUCGAUGAGCGAGGCGGAUAAGGUGCAACAGUUCUACCAGCUGCUGACCAGCUCCGUGGACGUGAUCAAGCAGUUCGCCGAGAAGAUUCCCGGCUACUUCGAUCUCCUGCCGGAGGAUCAGGAGCUGCUCUUCCAGAGCGCUUCGCUGGAACUGUUCGUCCUGCGGCUGGCCUAUCGCGCCAGGAUCGAUGACACCAAGCUGAUCUUCUGCAACGGCACCGUGCUCCACCGCACCCAGUGCCUGCGCUCCUUCGGCGAGUGGCUCAACGACAUCAUGGAGUUCAGCCGCAGCCUGCACAACCUGGAGAUCGACAUCUCCGCCUUCGCCUGCCUCUGUGCCCUCACCCUGAUCACAGAACGCCAUGGCCUGCGGGAGCCGAAGAAGGUGGAGCAGCUCCAGAUGAAGAUCAUUGGCAGUCUGCGCGACCACGUCACCUACAACGCCGAGGCCCAGAAGAAGCAGCACUACUUCAGCCGCCUGCUGGGCAAGCUGCCGGAGCUGAGAUCCCUGAGCGUCCAGGGACUGCAGAGGAUCUUCUACCUGAAGCUGGAGGACCUGGUGCCCGCGCCAGCUCUCAUCGAGAACAUGUUCGUCACCACAUUGCCCUUCUAGAGGCGAUCAUCAAGCGUAUCAUCACAACUUGCUUCCUUAAACUAGCCCCUAAGUUAUGCCUCCUAGGAUAUACAGAGAAAGGACCCCAUAGGACCAGGACCCCAUGGGACUAGCUUUAGUAGAACCCUGAAAUAAAUAAAUCUCACAACAGCAAAAACAAAACCGAACCGAACAGAAAUGAAGCGAAUCGCAGACCCAGGCCAUAUCCUUAGUGUAGAGCUAGGUAGUUAGCCGGACAGCCCCGGCUCCUUCGAUAAUUACGGACAUGAAUAUUUGAGAGGGGGUUUCCAGUGCACAGCCUAUGGCUCCUGCGUGACUCGUCAGCACCGCGAGCUCCAACUUGUUGACGUUAAUUGUUAAAUUGUUUAAUUUCAACUGUCAAAACCGGAAUCAACGGCCGGCCACGCAAUGGCAACACUUUCUAUCCCCGGACUUCGAAGCCUGCUCAACAUUCGGCACUACGGACGGACACACAACGGACAGGGACAGAACUCACUCUUGCUCUCUUGCCUUUUGCUAACUUCUAGUCAAUUGAUUUAGGCGAAUCAAAUAAAUAAAUAAAUAAAAUAAGGGCGCGCAGCAGUAGUGUUAUAUAAUUUAUAUGCCAGACCCCGGCGGUUCUCUUCACGGAAAUCCUCCAAUGAGUUGCACAAAUUGGGAUAAAGUACGAUAGCCUAUUAUUCUUAGAUUUAUUUUAAAAGCUCAAAGAUAGAGGAGAACGCUGUGGAAAUCCACUAUCAUAUCAUAUAGUUGCUAUAAGCCGUGCUUGCCCUAAACUAAGUUAGACCCGCAUAAAGUUGAAAGCCCAACCAAGUAUUUCGGUUUUUUCCUAGACUAAGGUCCUAAUAGUUAUAGACUAAGACUAUUCUGUUCGAUUUAUCAAUGCACCAAACAGUGCACAAUGAGAGUAUAAGUACCUUCUUGUGAUGAUUGUGUCUGACACAGAGAGAGUUGCACACAAGCACACAAACUAGCCGAUAAGUUACUAUAUACGAUCUAAUAUCUAAUGCAUAUUCGAUAUAACCUGUAGCCUAAGUCCAAGUAUUCGGAAAUCCAAGACCCGUGUAUAACCGCAGUUCGUACGUUCCAAACGAGAGAAGAACUUUAUUUAAUCCUAGACCACUCCAUCUAAGUUCUCAAAGAAUCGUAUGUGGAUCGUUGGAUCUGUCUCUCUAUAUGUGUGUCUCGAUAGAAAACCCCUCUAUGUGAUUUUGUGAUAGAUUGGCAUUGAACUCUAUAUAUUUAUAUAUAUAUGUCUAUAAUAUAUAUACACGCAUAAAUAUAUAUUUUUAUGUCUAACUUUUGUAUGGUUUAUUUUAUACGUACCACUUUUCUUUGAUAUCAAAAAGUAAGAAGUAAGAAGUAAAAAACUCGUUAGAUAGCAAAUAUUUCAAAGGUAUGUUACGAGGACUUUUCAAAGUACCAGUCUUUAGCAACUUUCCAAUUAACGUUCGUAUUAACGAAAGACAGAUUUUCUAUGUGUUAAAUUGAAGACUUCUAUAACUAUAACUAAAUGCAAACUAAGGCAAAAACACAAAUCCACAAAUCCCAAAGUGAAUAACAUAUCUCUUCAAGCUUUCGAGUGCACGGAACACGUAGAACCGAAACCCAAGUGUUACUAAAUCUAUUUAAUAUUCGGCAAGCCUGGGGCGUCGGCGUGGUUAAUAAGUUCGCAUUACCUAUACAAUUUAGAUAGAUCAUUAUUAAAUUAUUGUACAUGUAGCACAUCAAAUGUUCGACAACUAGAUUUUGUACCAUCUUAAAGAAGAACCUAGGCCAAGCUAAACUAAGUAUAAACUAUGAUCUGCAUGCGGCUGAGCUGUAGCUAAGAGAAAUAUACCCGAGUGGAUCCAAGUGAAAUGGGGCACUUUGAAACUACAUUUAGAUAUGAAACGUUAUAAACGCGACGUACUAACUCACCCAACUGCGAACUCUUGAACAUCUAACAAGCUAGAAAAGUUUCCAGCAAAUGUGUCAGGAUUUCAAAGCGACCCAUCUCACUUGAGCCCACCAAUCUCAACAAACAGAAAUCCUAGGGAAGUUGCGAGGUUCAGCAACCAUAGAGCAAUAUUUCACAAGGAAACGCACCUUAAAUUACCGAAAAACAUAGAUUAAACAUAAUCUUGUAACGGAAACAGGAACAGUUAGGUGACCAAAUCAGUUCGAAACGAGAUGAUAGAUAGGUUCGGGUUCGAAACCCUCAACGCGAUGCCAUUUUAGCCGUUACAACAUUGGAUAUCAAUCAUGCACAUGAAUAUGAAUAUGAAUAUUAUAGAUAUAUAUCUAGCUAUAGGAACCUACUUUGUACCUACACGACAUGGAAACAUCAAACCUACAUGCAUAUUUACACAUAUAUUUUGAAUAGAGCGACGACUUUUACAAGUUACGUACAAAGCUAUAGCUAUAGCUGGAUAUGGCCAUCCCAGAGCGAGCAUAUACAUAUAUUUUGGGUUAUUGUUCUUUUGUAAUUUUAUAAUGCAUACAUAUUUACUACGUGAAUGUCAAGUGUGGAUUCAUAUUUUUGAGAUACAGCUACAAAACGAAACAAAACAGAAGAGUAAACGUGAAAUUUUUCGAUGAAACAAUUUUAAAUGAGAACUUUUUAAUAUUGCUAUUAAAGGAUAUAUACAUAUACACACUAACAUACAUAUAUAUUUUACUAUGUAACGGAUAGAAUUAAGCUAGAUGCAGCGCAUAAAGCUUUAUACAACAAAUUGAAAAGCAACAGAAGAAAUUGGCACAAAUUAAAUUUAUAUAGCAUAAUUAGACGUCUUUCGCAAGAUAAUGUUAUUCGUAUUAAGAGCGUCUAUCGGUGCAUCGGGCGCUAUUUCCCACUACACCCCCAACCACACAAUAGAUAACCUAAGCUAUGGAUACAUAAGCUAUGCAUAUCCAGCCCAAUUAUGCGCCUACUACUAGAAAUGCAGAAAGCAGAAAGAGAGGUGAAACCUAUAGACGCUAUGACAAAUGUCUAUCUGAUAGACAUCGGUACUACCAAUGCUAUAUUGCCAGUUGUGUAAUUUACUCUUAUUUGAUCGUUUCAUUUACCAGUUAAGUACCCAAAUCAUAUGAGUGUUAUGAAGGAAAAACUAUAACUUGCAAUUCAAUUAACUCUGCAAUACGAUAACAAGCAAAGCGAAUCAUUUCAUUUCGAUUUAAUCUUAAAUUAUAUACUUAAACGAUGUAAGCCCAAAACAAACGUUUUUUCUAUAUCUGUCUUUUGAGCAAAUUAGUUAUACGCAAAACCAAACCGUAUUUACAUAAAUGUAUACAAAACAAAUCGUAUAUUUUCAUUGGUUUGAAAUAAAUACAUAAAACAAUUAAA